GAAUGGAAAGUGAAACUCAGACGUGCCGCGUUUUUCCACAUUGCAGCAGCUGCAUGGUUUCGUUCAUCAAAAAUAGCAACUUAGUAGUUUUGUUGGGUUUUUCCCCCCUCCAAACACCGCCUGCUUUAAACCUUGAUAAGAUCUACAUAGACAUUUUGUGCUGUAGUUGGUUUAGACCGUUAGUCUGCUGGCAUUUCUUCAACAACAAAUGCGUGUUUUGUUUGUGGGGUUUUUUGUUGUUGUUCACCUUCACCCGUCAUUCGGAUUAAAUUAGCUAGCGUUUUAGUUUUGUUUUCGUUUAUAGACCUAGUAUUGUUUGUUUUUAUAGCUGGUUUCCAGCACGGUGAAGGAGGCGGCAACGUUUGUGUGACUUUUCCUCCAUUUUUCUUAAGUCCUUCAUUUCCGGUGAAGCUGUGCUGCAAACGUAUCCAGAGAAUACACAUCAGUAUUUUUGUUGCUGUCUUGCUCCCUGUGUUGACCUCCACCAAAAAGCCAGCAGGCAGUGAGCUCCUUUGUCCUCCACCCCUGCGCUAUGAGCAGAGGUAGAGGAGGGCACGCCAAAGAGUACCAUCGAUUCUCCCCCCCAUCCCACCACAGCAAAUCAGCUAAUCAAGAAUUAUUCCCCCAAACUUUCCCAGCUCACCCCGGAACCCCUUACGUCCCAAGCCCCAACGCUAGCUUGGGCAGGUUCCAGCAUCCUCCCCCUUACUUAUCUCCUGGCCCUCCUGGAGCUUCUCUAAGUGGUCCUUUUCAGCCUCCAAAUCCUUUUACGUCUCAGUACCCUGGGCCUUCCCAAGUACAAGCUCAGCGGUCAUCAUCAAAUAGAGGAGUUUGUGGUGACGAAGCAGCAGAUUUUCGCCAGCAACAAAUCCUCUUCCUUAGGGGGCAGUGUGCUGAGGCGCCCAAGUUUGUGCCGCACCCGUCCGAACACUUUGACAGUCCUCCCCAGCAUCAGGCAGGAUAUUAUAAUUCCCCAAAGCCCGGCAGCUACGUGAGAAGAGGGGGUUAUAUUCGAGGCAAGCCAAGCUGGGAGAAAGGGUUUAAAACCAGGUACCAUGCUGGACCUAAGUCUGGCUGGGAACAACAACACUUAAGAAGCCAGAAUAUUCGGUAUCAGUGUGACAGCCAGGUGGACUGUGACGCUGCCGGACUGUCUUCAGCCUUUCAUGCGCUGUCACUAGAGAACUUUGGUAGUGCCUCAUCCUCUGGUGGUUCUGGGAUUAAGGCUUCUCGUUCACUUCCCUCAGGUAAAUGUUCCUUGCAUCUGACACCUGAAAUCCAAAAGCAGGUCCUCAGUUCUUUGGCCUCAUUGCAGCCAAGUGAAACCAUCCAGGCCAAGGACUUGGCUAAAAGAUUUCGAUUACCUAAGAAGAUUGUUAACCAGGCGCUGUACUCUUUAUUCAGAUUAAAUCAAGCAGUAAUUAUAGAAGGGACUCCUCCUCUCUGGAGACUGCGGAAAGAAGGUGACGCUGAAGCCUCACACGGGAGAACCCAGUUUAGAGCAAAAACUGAUCAAAGGUUUGCUCAGGAUACAUUUGUAGAGCAAGACCAGUGUUUGAUUAAGGAAGUAAAUCCAGACAGCAACUUGACCAGUGCAUCAUCAUCAACUGCUACAGAGGCCAGUAGUGAUUACAGUGAGGAAUCUGAAGACUCUGAAAAAGAAAGUUCCUCUGAAGUUCUGGACUCUGACAAAGCUGUAGAUACAUUUUCAUCCACUGAAAAGGAAUCAGAUCUUUCAAAAACGAUGGAAGCAAAAGACAGCAAGGAGCAGAUCCUAAAGUACCUCCAUGAGACAGGCCAAGCCAAUGCAUUGAUGAUUGCCAAAAACCUGGGCUUGAAAAAUGCAGCUGCCAAGCAUGUUAAUCCUACUCUGUAUGCCAUGGAAAAGCACGGUGAUCUUAGUCGCAGGUCAGGCAGUAUGCCACCUAUUUGGGAGCUGUCUGCUCACCAGCGUGAGAAGAUGGACCGACAGCGGAAAGCAGCUGUUGCUGCCUCUAUAACACGAAACAAGUUAGAGCAUUGUGGAACACAAGGCCCAGUUAUAGCUGCACAAGCAGCCCCAAAGAUGGUGUGUGGAUCUGGGUUGUCGGAAGAAGCGAUGACCUGGGAGAACCUCCCAACAAGUCAGACACGUCAUGGCAAGGACGGCACGUUUGGGAACGGAAUGCUUGAGAAGCAGUCAGAUUCUGAUAUGGACUCUGUUCCUGCUCAUGACAAAAUUCCCUCAGUAGACAAUGACCUUACAUCUGUUCCCUACUCCUCCCAUGAUGCCUCAUACUAUCAGGCAGAUAACAAGAAUGGGGGACACUCGGAGUGGGCGUCAGAUGAUAUUCCAGAAUUCCUGAACACAAUCCGAUCAGAGGUUGCUGUGUCCUUGGCGGCACCUCUUCCUCCUGCCCAGAAUACAGAGACCACCAAGUUGCAGAAGCUAAAACUGGCGCUCAGCAAGAACCCUGUCAGUGGCCUGAUGGAGUAUGCACAGUACCUUGGCUACAAUUGUGAAUUCCUCCUACUUGAACAGUCAGGACCCUCACAUAACCCAAGGUUUCGAAUGCAAGUGAUGCUCGAUGGACGUAGGUUCCCACCAGCUGAAGCCUCAAACAAGAAAGUGGCAAAGAAGGUUGCAGCUGCAGAGACCCUCCAGGCGCUCUACAAAGAACUGGAGGGAGCUGCUAGUGGGGAGGGUGAAGGAGAGCAGCCUGCAAUGUCAUUAGCAGAGCUGAUUGAGCUUGCUGAGGAUUCUUUUGAGAGUUUAGAGGAGCCGCCAAAGGCCUUGGCUCGCUCCCUUCCAGGCGGCAAGAACCCCGUUUCUGUUCUAAUGGAGCACAGCCAACGUAGUGGCCACGCCAUUGAGUUCAUCCAUUCUGGGCAGGAGGGUCCAGCGCAUGACCCACGCUUCAUGUUCCAAGUAAAGAUUGGGGACAGUCUUUACCCGGAGGCGUCAGCACCCAGUAAGAAGGCAGCACGGCAACUGGCAGCAGAGGAAGCUGUGAAGGCUCUUCUGGCAGAAGGACAACUGCAGCUCAAUAAGCCGCAGCACGCGUUUUGUCCAAUUGGUGAGGGCGAUCUGCCCCCAGCGAUGCCCCCGUGCCCAUCACUGCCCCCGCUGACAGCAGCUGAGCUCCAGGCAGCACACGAGGCUGGAGUCGGCGACCUGAUCAACCACCUAAACAACAAUGCCGUGUCAGGCCUGCUAGAGUACUCGCGCUCACGAGGCUUUGCUGCCGAGAUCCGACUGGUGGGUCAGUCGGGGCCUCCACACGAGCCACGCUUUACAUAUCAGGCUAAGCUGGGAGGUCGCUGGUUUCCUGCGGUGUGUGCCAGCAAUAAAAAGCAGGGCAAGCAGGAGGCAGCGGAUGCAGCUCUCCGAGUGUUGAUAGGCGAGGCGGAAAAGGCGGCACGCACCGGGGAGCUCACGGCAGAGUUGCCGGUGUCGGGUAGCACGCUUCACGACCAGUUCGCCAUGCUGAGUCACCAGCGUUUCAACGCGCUCACUGCUCGCAUACAACACAGCCUUUUGGGUAGGAAAAUCCUUGCCACGAUCAUCAUGAAGAGAGGUGCUGACAGCCUGGGCACAGUCGUUAGCCUUGGGACAGGAAACCGCUGCGUUAAAGGAGAGGAGCUGAGUCUUAAAGGUGAUACCGUUAACGACUGCCAUGCUGAAAUCAUUUCCAGAAGAGGCUUCAUCCGCUUUUUGUACAGCGAGUUGAUGAAGCAUUGGGACAGUCCUGGAGAGGACAACAUAUUUGUAGCCGCAGAGGACGGUUUGCUCAAAGUCAAAGAUGAUAUCACGUUCCAUCUGUACAUCAGCACUGCUCCGUGCGGGGAUGGCGCACUCUUUGAUAAAUCGAGCACCGAGUUAGCAGAGGUCACCGGCUCAGCUCACAUGCCCCUGUUUGAGAAUGUUAAACAGGGCAAGCUCAGGACCAAAGUGGAAAACGGUGAGGGUACCAUCCCUGUGGAGUCGAGUGCCAUCGUGCCCACUUGGGACGGCAUCCAGCACGGCGAGCGCCUCAGAACCAUGAGCUGCAGUGACAAGAUUCUGCGCUGGAACGUGCUGGGCCUGCAGGGGGCUCUCCUCAGCCACUUUAUGCACCCUGUGUACCUUCAAUCGAUCACCUUGGGGUACCUGUACAACCACGGUCAUUUGACUCGAGCCGUUUGCUGCCGAUUGGCCAGAGAGGGCAGCGAGUUAAUUAAAAGCUUGCCUCCUCACUUCACACUUAGCCACCCUGAGGUCGGCAGAGUGAGUGUGUACGACUCGACACGUCACACAGGAAAGACCAAAGAGUCCAGUGUGAACUGGAGCCUGCCAGACAGUCUCAAAGUGGAGGUACUGGAUGGCACCAAGGGCAAAGUGGACAGUCCAAAGCUAGAGGUGUCCCGCGUCUCCAAGUCCAACCUGUUCCGUAUUUUCCGGGACGUGUGCAGGCGGGCCGGCCGGACUGACCUCCUGGCGCUGACCUCCUACGCCAAUGCCAAGAUGUCCGCCUCUUCCUUCCAGCUGGCCAAGGAGCAGUUCUUCAAAGCUCUGGGUCAGCUGGGUUACGGAGCAUGGAUCGGCAGACCGCAGGAGGAGAAGAGCUUUGAGGUGGAGGAAACCGAAACUCAGAACUUCCUUUCAGCUCCAUAAGGACAAAAGGAGGGUGGGAGGGAGGGGAAAGGAGAGUGGAGGAAAAGCGCAAGCAGCGAUUCGAAUCUUUCUGGUGGUUGGAGAAAGUGAGAGACAAUUUGGUACGGAGAAAGAGGAUGGGAAAGAGAAAGGGCUGAAGAUCUGAUUUGGGAUCGUUGCACUUCAGCCUGGGAUGGAAAAAGAAUGAAAACUGAGCCGUAAAAAGCCAGCUCAUGUAUGAGAAUAAUAUAUGUAGCUUUCUUUGGAAUCCCUGCUAAACUCUGUUAUGCAUCAAGAUGUAUUUGAAGCAUCUCUCUGUCUUUCAAUCUCUCAUUCUUGUGGGUUGCGGGGGGGAUGGUGGUUUGGAGAAGAGAUUAAAUGAGAGGCUGUAAUAAAAUCUCUUUAUUUAAGAUCAACCUCACCUGCUAAUAACAGUUACAGUAAUCGUAUACCAUUGUAGUUAUUAUAUCACAUACAAACACAAAAGGAUGCUGUUAGUGCCACGUGUCCCCUCGCAGCAAUUAAUGGGCUUUCUCGCAUCUCUCUCUCUCUCUCUCUCUCUCUCUCUUUCCCAGCCUACCUUCAGAAUAUUUGUUUCUUGCCGAGGUUGAAACUGUGGACCAAGGAGUUUCAUUAGUUUUCUUUUGAUAACCACAUGCAUCACAGUCUUCUGCGCAUUUUAUUCACAUUCCUUGAGCUCUUGCCCGAAUUAUUAAACAAUUUUGAAUGACGUGAUUACAGCAGGUCUAGGUGGCUAGUCAGUUCGCUCUACACCCGACACACCCACCCCACCCCCACCCUUUAAUGCUUAUAUAUAUAUAUAUAUAUAUAUAUAUAUAUAUAUAUAUAUAUAUAUAUAUAUAUAAUAUAAAGAUGAGCAUGGUCUCUAGCUCUGUCUAGUGUGCAUAGCUUGUACACAUAGAUUUGACAAAAUGUAUGCAUAAUGUAUAUACAGAUACAUACACUCUCAAAUGUAUAUAAGGUCUCUUCACACUGUGUGCGAGUUUAUAUACAUGUGUGUGUUUAUGUAUAUGUAUAUAUUGUAUGUAUAUAUUUUAUAGAGUUUCAUAAAUUUGUGUUGCAUUUGACCAAUGUCGAUGGAUGUGAUAUUUCUGGGAUAGUUUAAUGGCGUCAUCCCUCCAUACAUGGACACAUUCUGUUUUGUGAGAAAUGCAGUUCAGAUGUACAUUCACAACCUCUAUGAGUUAGUCUAUUUGACGUGUUUUAUGUCUGUUGUCCUUGUUUGUUUUUUUUUGUUUGUUUGGUUUUUUUUUUAAAUUCAGUCUCAGUAAGAAGAGAUGCCUGUGCUCUCGCUGUGACAUUCUUGAGUGGAAAUACUUUUAAAAUAUUAAAUCCAGAAUUUCAAAAGUUUUACUUUUGACUCUUUUUUUAAGUUGUCCGGCAUGUGAUAAGUCCUGUCUUUUGUUCUAAAAUAAAUUGAACUGUCUCAGUA